AUGGAAGAUCAGGACCCAGGUUCAUUCCAAACACGCAAAGCACACAGAAUAGAACAAAUGGUUGCAAGAUGGCUCCGGCGAUCUCGGGAUAAUUCACCCCGGGGGAGAAUUUCAGUAGGCGAUGGCCCUCCCGGAGGCCUCUCGCAAGCUUUGACCUCCGUGAAGCUCACAGUUAAGAUAUACAAAGAUGUGCUUCUCAGCGACUUUGGAUUUCAUAUUUCACAGAGCCUUCCGCUCACUGUCACGUCAGUCGUUGCAGGAGGUACAGCUGAUGGGAAGCUUCUUCCAGGUGAUCAAAUCCUCAGGAUGAACAAUGCGUCGGUGGAAGACCUUUCCUGUGAACAAGCAGCUGAUAUUUUAAGGGAAUCUGAAGAAUCUCUCUUGAUCACUCUUCUUCGAUGCACCUCGGGUGUUCCUAAGUCCUCUUUUCUAACAGAGGAGAAACGAGCCAGGCUAAAGAUCAAUCCCGUUAAGGUGCAUUUUGCUGAAGAGGUUCUUGUGAAUGGACAUUCUCAGGGUAAUUCUCUUCUGUGUAUGCCCAAUGUUCUCAAGGUGUACUUGGAAAAUGGACAGACCAAAGCUUUCAAAUUUGAGAAAAACACUUCUGUGAAGGACAUCAUCCUCACUUUAAAAGAGAAGCUUUCUAUCCACAGCAUUGAGUACUUUGCCCUUGCCUUGGAAGAGCAGUAUAAUAUCUCCAAGUUGCACCUUCUCCAUGAAGAUGAACUGAUCGAGCAGGUGGUUCAAAAGAAAGAGUCCUAUGACUAUCGUUGCCUCUUCAGAGUGUGUUUUGUCCCCAAGGAUCCAUUGGAUCUCCUGCAAGAAGAUCCUGUUGCCUUUGAGUACCUUUAUCUGCAGAGCUGCAGUGAUGUCCUUCAGGAAAGGUUUGCCGUUGAAAUGAAAUGCAGUUCCGCUUUGCGUCUAGCGGCGUUGCACAUUCAAGAGCGGAUUUAUGCUUGCGCCCAGCCCCAAAAGAUAUCUUUAAAAUAUAUAGAAAAGGACUGGGGAAUAGAGAACUUUAUAUCUCCAACUUUACUCCGAAAUAUGAGAGGCAAAGACAUCAAAAAAGCUAUUAGCUUCCACAUGAAGAGGAACCAAAGCUUGCUGGAGCCAAGACAAAAGCAACUGAUAUCUGCGGCACAACUGCGUUUAAAUUAUCUACAGAUCCUUGGAGAGCUCAAAACGUACGGUGGGAAAAUCUUUAAUGCCACUUUAAUGUUACAGGACAGAGAAUCAUACAUUGCCCUUCUGGUUGGAGCCAAAUAUGGGAUCAGCCAGAUUAUUAAUAGUAAACUUAACAUUAUGUCAACAUUGGCCGAAUUUGCGAAUAUCAGCAAAAUAGACCUGACCGAAGAGUCUGAGAAAGUGAGCAUGGUGAAAGUUUACCUUCAGGAUGUCAAGCUCCUUACUCUGCUACUGGAAUCCAACAGUGCGAAAGACCUCGCCUGCCUUAUUGCUGGUUACUACAGGUUGUUUGUACACUCGGCCGCCUCCAUAUUCAUCUGGACUGGGAAAAAGCAACAGACCCAUCGAAUUUCUGCUGAAGAAGGUUACGAAUCAAGAACCUGUAGUGACUCCGAAGAAUCAUCUGAAGUUGAUUCUUCACUAGAGAUCCUUUCAGAUGGACACUUGGCAAAGUUUGGCCGCAUAAAAUCUCCCAGCAAAGAAGACAAACAGUGUGCGGUGCUCAGAGGGCAGAGCGAAGACAAUUCAAAGUCAGAGGAGGAAAAGAGGGGCCUGAUGAACAGUGAGACUAGCGCUGUGACUGACAGCGCAUCUGAGGCCUCCGACUCCGCGAACACGGAGAGCAGAGGGUGCAAGACCAGUGGUUCCAGUGAUUCGAUGGAUGCUCUGGAAGAAGAUGACUUAGAUGCAUGCUCCUCCAGCAGACCUGAGUUUUUCCAUUUCUACACACCCACUUUUAAAGAGAGACUCGAUCAAGACGGUCGCCUCCUUACUGCAGACAGUGGAGAAGAGAAGAGUAGAGUAGAGGCCGAUGGUUUCCUUUGCCUCCUCGAGUUAUCCCGAGGUGCUAAUUCUGGGUCUCCGAAGACCGCGUCUACCAGGUCUCCGAGUGAUCCAAAACCCAACAGUUCGAAGAGAGAGCCGAACGGGCUGGCUCUAGACCCCAGAUUUUAUGAUAACAGCAGGAUGGAGUACUACAGUCUGUGUUCCAGGGUCUCCCCGGCGAGCCUUUUGAGUCACAGUUCCGAGAGCAGCUCUUCCAGGAACGGGUCUCCUAAAUCAGUUCAGGAGGAGAAUGUGCGGAGAGCCGAUCCAGCCCCGGGGGUGGACUCGCCUGUUCUAAAUCUGCCUGUUGGCCUAGAGGACACCAGCUCGGAUGAUGAAUUCUAUGAUGCCGCUGAUAAGCUUACACCUCCUGAUGCCCUCUCAGAUCCUUACACUGUCUCUACUAAGGACCAGGAUGAUUUCUGCUUGAAGAAUAAGGCAAGAAGUUCUAAUGUAGGGGAAAGCCUGACUCCGAGACCAAAUAAAACGGAGUCUGACAGAAGAGAGGAGGUGAAGAAGUAUGCAAAAACUCUAAGAAAAAGAAGGUCAUUCUUACAGACCGACUACACAUCUCAGGUUACGUUUCCCUUGGCUCCGUCCUUCUCCCUGGAGAGCGUGGAUCACGUGUGUUGUUACGAAAGGGCGCCUUACCUAAACUUCAUCUCUCACUCACCGACUGUUUCAUCUUUACAAGACGUGCAGGGAGAGCCUGCUCUUCUAGAAACCAAGGCCCUUGCGUUACUGACUCCACUGAGAGAAGCCAAAAGUAAAACUCCUUCCUCCAGCUUGAUGGAAAUGGAGCCUGAAACCAUGGAAACCAAAUCAGUCACUGAUUCCAUUAUAUCUCCUAUUUCAGCAGUUCGCCUCAAGGUGGAUCCAGAAAAACGGGCCAGUUCUGGUGUCCCCCUGGUGACCACGAAUGGUGCUCGAAAUCACAUCCAUCCCCAUCUCUCUUCCUGUUCGUUUGGCCACGAUGCCCACUCAAGUGCUUCUGAAACAUCCCUUCAGGUGCAAAACGGCAAAGCCGGAGUCACCGGAGGACCGGCAGGAGGGACUCAGAGCUGCUCACCUAAUCUCCUUCUGGAAACCAGAGAGAGCUGGGUUUCGAGCGCAGAUCAGGUGGUAACCCCAGGAGAUGUGGCGUUGACUAAAGGUGACCGUCUUGAAGCUGGAUUUGGUCAUUUAUCUGAAAUGCCAAGACAGGAAGCUAGUAGAAAAUACAUGGAGCCCGUGUCGUCUCCGGGGGGCCAGUCCGGAAGCGGAGCCUCGCCAAGUGUCACCCAUUCGGCAGAAGAGACCGCUUCUUCCCCCAAAGCAGUGGGCCCGAAGAAAUACGUGCCACCUUCCUUUGUACAGGAAGAAGUAGAAUUCCCCACAGGUGUCAGGAAGCCGAAUGGUAAUGUUUUGUUUAAGGAAAUGCCCGGGAAUGACUCCUUCCAGGACGAAGAGGAUAAGAAACCCUCGGGUUUGUCUAACGUCAUAGAGCUGCUUUUCGAUAGGAAUGAGCCACCUUGUGAAAGAGCUCUUCUCCCCUGGCAGGCAUUUGGCACGAAGCCUGAGAACGACUCGCCUCAUCAACAGACUGACCCCCAGGAAGAAGGCAGAAAAGAAGCCCCCCAGAUUGCCAGCCCCCCAGGGAAGGGGCUAUUGUCAGAGGGGCACUUGGACUCUGAUAUCCUCAGUGGGGUCCAGGGCUUUCCAUCAGCUUUGCUGAUGCCCUUCCAGGAAGGGAGCUCCGUGGCAGAGCACCAAUCUGACAGUGAGGGGAAGAGAGAGGGAGACCUUAGGAAAGCUGUUCUUCGGGUAGACCUGAACCCCGGGCAGGCCCAACUGAAUCCCCCUCUGUGUGUCAUCGAAGAAACUUCCAGGCAGAUGAAAGGGCACACCGUAAAGGAAUGGCACUGUUUGGACUACUUUUCAACUGGCUGUGGCAAUACCUCGGAAACCAGAGAGGAGAACUUGACUCUUACGCCACCUUCUUCAGACCAGUCAUUCCUCUGCCUGGGCCCUGACAACAGUCCUGGUGUUUCUGUGAAUCACAGGGCGGGGAGUCCUUUGGAUUUUGCAGAUAUGAAGGAAGCCAUCUUGCCAAAAAUGGAGGUAGAAAAGUGUAGCUGCCAGUUACCGUACGCUACGUGUUUCCGCAGCUUGGACCCCGAAGCAGACGAGGAGAACAUUGAUUUGGAAGUGGGUGGCUCUUCGGCACCGCUAACGACACCCCCGUCUUCAGGAAACCCGAUUCCCGUGGACUUGAAAUCUUUUGAGCUCACGAGAGUGCGAAACCUUAGACCCCACUUGAGUGAAAACUGCCCCUGGCCAGACUAUUUCUCCCAGGCCCUGAAUCAGUUGCAAGUCAGACUGUGCAAGUCCCCCGUUGGCUUCUGCCAGCUCUUAGAUAACAUCGUUGAGCUACAGAACCUGUUAGAACAAUUUCGGGCACCUGGGACUAAACACUCCCAGGAUAAGUGUGCGUGGCACUUUUCUGAGAACAGAAAUAGCCUCUGUGUCGGAUCCCAGAAGCUCAUGUCGAGCUGCCAGCAUGUGAUUAAAAUCGACCAGUCCCCGGAAGAAAUGCAACGCGCUUUACAAGACACCUUCCAAAACCUCCUCCAGCUGACAGGGGUCUACUUUCAGUUUACAAACUGUGGACACUGCAUGAGGAGGCACGGAGAUGUGACCGGGAACCUGAAGGAUGUCAUCUGCACCUACUAUCAGUUCGUGCAGGCUGCGAAACUGACAUGCGAGAGAGGCUAUCGGGAUCUGAGCGUGAAACUGUUAGCACGACAGUGCACGGCGCUCACGGCCGCAGUGUUUUGCUUGACCCAGCAGUUUCAGGGGUCCGCAGCUCUGUGAAACCGCUUUGGCAGUUACAGUGACGCUCUCCUGUCCUCCGAAAUGGAAGUUGCCCUGAG